ACAUUUUGAGAGAAUGGGCAGUGGCACAACUCCCAACCAGCCUACACUAUCCUCGAACGUUCUCUCAGCCUGACACCGCCUGCCAGGCUCUGUUCAGGGCUCAAAUGCCCCACGAGCGCAAUUAUUUGGUUUUAAAAAAGCGUGCGCUUUUACAUUUAGGAGCAAGCAUGACCAGAGAUUACCCGGGCGCGUAAGGGUGUCGGCAAAGCUAGGAAACGUGCGGACAGACUUGUGCCACUAUCGUAUAUAAAUCGGUGACGAGAGAGAGAGGGGAUCAAGUGCUAGACAUUCUUCUAAGCAUACAGUUCUAGAUAACGGACUAAAGGGAGAUACGAUAACCUAUUUGGCACCAAACAGGAAUUACGGUGGUUCCUCUGCAAACUGCUGUUUGGACUGCCUACAUUGUUAACCUUGCAAAUGAGAGCCUAGUUUUGGAAGGAGAAACUCAAACAAAGUAUUUAACUUGGAGUUAUUUGAUCUUUCCUGAGGAAGUCAGACAGUGAAACAUAAUUCAAGAUGGAGAAUAUGGAAGCUGGGAAGAAGAAGAAGGGAGUGACCUGUUACCUCCUCUACUGCAUCACUACAGCCGUCAUCGGCUCCCUGCAGUUCGGAUACAACACUGGAGUCAUCAAUGCCCCUGAGCAGAAACUGCGACGGUUCUUCCAGAAUGUGUCUAUGGAUCGUUAUGGAGAACCCUUCUCCUCUGGGACUAACACCAUGGUUUGGAGCUUCGCUGUGGCCAUCUUCAGUGUGGGGGGCAUGGUUGGGUCCUUGUCUGUGGGGGUCAUGGUGGACAGGUUUGGGAGGCGGAAGUCCAUGCUCCUGGCCAAUGUGCUGGCCCUUCUGGGUGGAACUCUGAUGGGUCUGUCCAGCCUAUGUAAGUCCUUUGAGAUGGUCAUCAUUGGCAGGCUGGUCAUUGGCGUGUUCUGUGGCCUGUGUACGGGACUGACGCCCAUGUAUGUGGGAGAGCUGGCCCCCACGCACCUCAGAGGGGCCUUCGGCACCCUCCACCAGCUGGGAGUGGUCAUUGGCAUCCUGGUGGCACAGGUCUUUGGUCUGGAGUUUCUGCUGGGGUCAGACUCCCUGUGGCCCCUCCUGCUGUCCCUGACGGCAAUCCCUGCUGUGGUGCAGAGCAUCAUGUUGCCCUUCUGCCCAGAGAGCCCCCGCUACCUCCUCAUCAGCCUCAACCAGGAGGAGGAGGCUCGCAAAGCCCUGGUGCGUCUGCGUGGCUGUGAGGACGUAAGUGAUGACAUCCAGGAGAUGAAGGAAGAAGGGAUGAAGAUGGGCAUGGAGAAGAAGGUCACUAUUCCAGAACUCUUCCGCUCGCCAGCCUACCGUCAGCCAAUCAUCAUCGCCAUCAUCCUGCAGCUCUCCCAGCAGCUCUCUGGCAUCAACGCGGUAUUCUACUAUUCGACAGGUAUAUUUGACACUGCCGGGGUGACCCAGCCCAUCUACGCCACUAUAGGAGCUGGGGUGGUCAACACUCUAUUCACAGUGGUGUCUCUCUUUCUGGUGGAGAGGGCAGGACGAAGGACCCUGCACCUUAUCGGAUUGGCUGGAAUGGCUGUCAGUGCUCUGCUCAUGACCAUCUCCCUCUCAUUGGUGAAGACCAACCCGUCUCUGAGCUACCUGGCCAUCGUGGCGGUGUUUGCCUUCGUGGCCAGUUUUGAGAUGGGUCCAGGUCCUAUCCCAUGGUUCAUAGUUGCUGAGUUGUUCUCCCAGGGGCCUCGGCCUGCAGCUAUGGCCGUCGCCGGCUGCUCCAACUGGACCGCCAACUUCCUGGUCGGGCUGGGCUUCCCCAAACUGGAGGAGCUGUGUGGUCCUUACGUCUUCAUCAUCUUCAUGAUCUUCCUCAUAUUCUUCAUCGUCUUCACCUACUUCAAAGUCCCGGAGACCAAGGGGCGGACCUUUGACGACAUUGCCAAAGGAUUCGCCGGCACUGCAGGAGCCCGAUCUCCUCCCCCAGAGGGUAUGGUCACCCUGCCCGUCUCCCCGACAACGGAGAAAGUUCCAAUGGUUGAGUUUCCGACGGAAGAGAAGGAGAAGAAGGGAUCGUCAGCGAAUCCGUAGAUAGUGGAACAUUUAGAGAACAGGGUUACAGGGUUAGACAAGCCCCUUGUGCAUAGAUAAUGUAAUGUAGUUUAAGUUUUAAAAAAAACAUCCAUUUGAUGUUGAAUUGGACUUUUAAAGUGCAGGACUAGAGAUAUGCACUGUUAUGGAAAGGUGCUUCCAUAUGAAAUAGCAGCUUAGUGUCGGGUGUGUGUAUAGUGUGUGUUGGGAAUAGGGUCGGGGAUGAUAAUGCAGGCAUCAUGAGAGUACGUGUCAAAGAGGAUUUAUGUUUACUGUGUGUGUGUGUGUGUGUGUGUGUGUGUGUGUGUGUGUGUGUGUGUGUGUGUGUGUGUGUGUGUGUGUGUGUGUGUGUGUGUGUGUGUGUGUGUGUGUGUGUGUGUGUGUGUGUGUGUGUGUGUGUGUGUGUGUGUGCGCCUUCAGCCAUUUUCUUUUUAAACUGCCUAAAGUAUUUAUUACUGUAAGUUAUUAAUGAUCAUUUGUAAUGAUCUUUUACCAAUGCCCAAGUAAUUUAUGACAUUUAUUUUUAGGUGACUUACCUCAUAGAGGUAAUCAUAAAUUAAUCAAUGACAAUUUUUUACGGUACUUUUUAAUGAUUGACAUUACAAUAAAAACCUUUAUAUUAUUAGCAUUUAAGAGGAUAAACAUUCCAACAAAUAUGUUCAGUAAUAAACUUCCCGUAUUGUCCUUCACUUGGGUGAAAGGGUAUUAGGAUUUGGGUUGAUGUGUACUGAGGUCAGUGGGUUUGGGAGGAUAGUACGGGAACCUAAAAAGGGUUUCAUCUGAAAUCCUCUCUGCCUGGUGUAUCCUAACCUAGCCUAUCUGUCUCUCUGCCUGGUGUAUCCUAACCUAGCCUAUCUGUCUCUCUGCCUGGUGUAUUCUAACCUAGCCUAUCUGUCUCUCUGCCUGGUGUAUCCUAACCUAGCCUAUCUGUCUCUCUGCCUGGUGUAUCCUAACCUAGCCUUUACUUCUCUGGAGCCUGACCUUGAACUGUCACAGAGACUCAACAGCACGACAUGUCUCUCCAUGAACACUGCUUCAGUUAGAACACUGGCCCACCAAUGGCUCACCCAUAUCUGUGGCUUCUGUCUGCCUCAUCAGACUACAUACAGUAUACGCUUCCAAUGCCUGGCUGGCCUAUCAUAGCUGUGCUAAUGAGGGGUUCAGUAGUAAAAUGUAUUCAAAUCUCCAAAUAGUACAUCAAACAUAGAUUCUGGGUUUGGCCAGUAUGAUAGUAGAAUUAUUUGACAGCAUGGAAACAGUCUCUUCAAGACAGUUAGAUUGAGAGAAUGUGUGGAGGAACAUUGAAGAAUCUAAGAUGUACUCCAACUCAUGGGGUGGCAGGUAGCCUAGUGGUUAGAGUGUUGGGCCAGUAAUCAAAAGGUCGCUGGAUCGAAUCCCCGAGCUGACAGGGUAAAAAUAUGUUGUUCUUCUCCUGAACAAGGCAGUUAACCCACUGUUCCCCGGUAGGCUGUCAUUGUAAGUAAGAAUUUGUUCUGAACUGACUUGCCUAGUUAAAUAAAUGUUCAAUAAAACAUGUAUGUAUCAGAUACGGGUAGAGGUAAUAUAUGGAGCAAAGCCAUUCAACCCCUAUGGAACAAGGACAUUCAACUAGUACUUGGAAAGUCUACAUUGACCUCAGUAUGAUGUAUAGUUGCUGCACCGGUUUUGGAGUGAGAUCUAACAAUCUAACGUGAGCUGUGUUUGCUUUGUGUGUGAAGACUUCUAUAUAUUCUAUAUAUCAUAGAAUAGAAUUUAUCAUAGACUAAAUGUGAAUUUCUAGUCAUUUGAUCAACUUAAAGUAUAUGAUCACAGUAGAAGACAAUAUAUGAUUUGUUAGGAACAUAGAUUUGUUUGGAACAUCCUGAAAAUAGUUGUUCCAACAAGGUGUCUACCGUUAAAUGAGAGUUUAUACCAACCCCACCAACAGUGUGUAAAAAUCAUAACAUUUCAGUGGUGUAAUACUCUAUUGUGAUGGUGGAGUCUUGUGUAGGUUUUGACCAGGUUAGUUGUUGUUAUACAUGGUUGUAAGUUAUUUCUACUAUAUUGUCGCUAGUAUUCCAUAAUGAUGGCAAAUAUCUUCUCUGUGUCUCAUACAGUAUCUACUAAUGCAUUUUGGUUGUGUUAUUACUCAUGUGAUGUUGUUACUCAUUGAUAACUGAGCACCUUUCUACCUUUUGGCCUAAAACAACAUAUGACCUAUCAUCACUUUGGCAAUCUGUCUUUUCUUCGAUGGUUGUGAAUGUGGUGUGUACAUAUACAGAAUGUUAAUAUGUGUCUGUUGCAAAAUACAUUCCUGUUAUGAAAGCUUUCCUCGUAGCUUUCAUAACUCAUUUCAUAAUGUUUCUGGCACAUACUACUGAAUGUUGCUAUGGUGAUGUACUCUACCAUUCGCUGCCAUACAUAUUGUGCUAACAUGAUGUUAAUGUGUAUAUUAUGAAUGCGGUGGUUUAAUGGGAGCUCUUGUGUAUUAAUUCAUUGUCUUAGUAUGUAAAUGUUCUACUGUACAGGAAAAUUUCUUCUUCUUGAAUAAUUACAUUUCUUGGUCCAAUCCUUUUUAAUUUUAACAACCUAGAAAGUUAAAGACUAGCCUCCCUCCUCGUCCACUGUACAAAAACGUAAAAUUUGUGGGUUUUUUUCUUCCUUAUUAUGUUGUAAUAAAGAGUCACUCAAGCUUUGAGCAACUAAAAUAAAAUAUGUUUUUAUCUGAAAGGGAAUCUGUGACUAUAUUUUUGCGCCAUUGAAAAAUGAGAAGAGUCUUAUAUUCUCAGUUGGGGUUUUUUCUUCCUCAAAGACAUAAAGUCACUUUCCGUGUAUCUGUGUGUGUAUAUCAACCUCACUGUAUGUAUUCUGUGUGUGUUUAUUCUAUGGUUAUUUCUGUGUUCUUCUUCUUGGUGAAAAAUACAUUUCCCAUGAUACAACACAAAACCUCCUCUGCCUUGUAGAAUUCACUAAACACUGUAACAACGUAAUGACGUUUGACCUGGAAAUAAAGCCACUA